GGAGUAGGAGACGCAGCCUCUAGGUUUCAGUUUGUUGUCGAAAAGCUCUACGCGCCGCAGAGCCGUGAGACGUACCAUCACGCGGCUGCGCGGGCACAAGACGGGCCGCCAAUAGGUAAGAAAAGCCAGAUGCUUGCCCAGCUGCGAAAAAUUUUUGAGGUUACAAAAACACCGGAAUUGCAAGCGCUGGCGCUAGGAGCGCCAGCCCCGAGCGAACCUGCACGCCUUUCGCUUACCGACCGACGGAGCGGCCUCCACCUGAGUGACAUGCUCAACACAAGAACGCCCGCACAAGGAGCAGAAGGCUGGCAGAAAACUACAGGCAGCAGCACCUCUGGUCUAGCGAGUUUGCGUGGGUGGGUGCCAAAAAUGUCAUCGCUUCCCGGUGCAGGAGCUAGAACUUCGAAGUCCUCGACCGAGGUCUCGUACGGAGAAGUGUACUACCUGGCCGCGCACUACUCCCCUGGCGAAGACUUGCUGACUGCGGUCGCCAGUGGCACCAUACAGAGGCUACUUUUAAGACUUACCGUAUUAAUUCAUCCUGAGGCUAAGAAGCAUCUUUGGCCAUCCUAUUUAUUUAAAGGGAGAAACAAGGUGUCAAUGAUGGUAGCCAAAGAAGAUGAAUUAAGGUUGUACUAAGGUCUAAUACUUGCGGCAGACAAGAAACGUGGCUUGGAUCCUUUUGUGAUUGGCAUUGUCACAGCCCUUGCGGCCAUUCAGGAUGCAGAAUUCGUGCAUAAUCGGGUCCGACCUCGAAGCGUCAUCCUGCGCCAUAAAAAUACGCAGCUUGGUGUUGCAGAUAGGAACAAAAUGGAGAUUCCUCGAGGACCUCGUGAUCGUCAAACUGUAGAA